GUUACAGUAUACUGCCAUCUGUCGGCAGGUGUAAGUAUCUGUUAAACCGGCUCUUAAGUGACCUAGCUUCUCCUCUCACACAUGCUAACUUGCUCUGCUCUUAUAAAGCAGCCAAAUAAUGAACCGUCAGAAUAAUGUUCCGUUCAACCCUUUAGCAAUACCUACAGGAGCAUCUCCAGUUUACCAACAACAGCAGCCUGGAAGAGUACCCCAAGACUUCAGAGAAGCUAUGAAACAAAUCACAAUGAAGCCAGCAGACAACUCAAACAUCAGGAAAUCUGACAUGGCUGCUAAAACGCCACUGGCCCGGAAACGUGCAGUGCAACGUUCUGCUGGUAAAUGGAAGUCUUCAUUCACACUAUUAGGAGAGCAAGAUGGCAACUCUCCAGACAACUACACUAGCAGUCCAGAAAGGGUUGAGCUUUAUAAUCCUUACGAUCCUGGCUCGUCAGAUUCUGAGCUCGAGAUGCCAAAGGGCCAAGACCACAACGACUCCCCACCCGAUCAGGAUAACAGUUUGUCUCCAAGUAGAGGCUCCUGUAACAGCCGCUGGGACUUACCCUACCCUAAACCAAGGAGCCGACCCCCCGACAGGCGUGACUUUAACCCUGAAACCAGACCCACAGAGAGUCGAGGUCUCAGUCCAGGUCAUAGGCGACAGGCUUAUAACCCAGACACUGAAUCACUCAACCCACCAGGUUAUGGGUCCAUAAGUAGACCUUUGGACCACAGGGUCUGCAGCCCUGACAGGCUUAUUCAGAGCUCCUCCACACAACAGUUUCCUGCAUCUUAUGGAGGACAGAGGACCAACGGGGAGGAGAGGAUAACAAUCCCAGAAUACAGGAGAGAGAUGACCACUACUGUUAGAUUACCCACACCCAGUUUACAGCGGGACUAUCAACAUCAGUUGGGAUACGUGGACACAGGACUGGACCAAAUCACACCUUCCACAGAGGUGACAACAAACAGGAGCAAAAAUAUAAUAAUGGACAAGAGCCCCAUCACUUGUGACCUUUGUGACGUUGAGUUAGCCAGUGGUCAGGAGCUGGAGGAUCACUUGGAUGGCAAGAGUCACUGGGACACCCUGGAGCACAUUCAGCAGCAGAAUAAUUAUGAUGAUGUGGCUAUAGCCUUCCUACAGGAAGUCAUGCUGUAUAAAAGCCGUCAGUGUAGCCGAGCGAUAGGGGGUAGUGCACUUCAAGCUCUGCGGGAAAAUGACCACAUGACAAAGUUUGAAAUGUUCCACUGUGCGGCUUGCAAAGUCUUCCUAUCCACAUCUGCAUCCUCAGUGCAGACUCACAUUACCUCUCAGGAACACCUCUCCAACACAAAGGAGUUUGAAGUGCAGCAGAGACGAUCUUGCCUCGACAAAGCAGAAACCAUGAUGAAGGAGCUGAAACCUCAGUUUGAACACUUCCUGAAGGGUGGCAGCCCAUUUGAAUGAUGGAAAUCGCUGAAAGUCUCCAAAAUGCUGUUUACACUGAGAUACUGUUUGCUUCUCAUGGACUUGAACAGUUCACUUCAAUCACAACUACACAUUAAUGCUGUGGCACCACUCAUGUGCAGUAUAUGGCUAAGAGAGAAUACUGUUUGUGCCAUUCAUGAUUUGUCUGAAUAAAUGGAGGUAUCUUGAGUCUAGGUUUGUUGACACAA